AUGAAAAGACAUCUAACUGGAAUUAAAGGUGAUGUGGCUGCAUGUAUGGGUGUACCUUAUGAUGUUAGGUUCCAAAUGGUUGAGAAUUUGAAGGAAAUUUCAAAAUCUAAAGAACAAACAAAAAAGGAUCAAGAAGCAUCUAAUUAUUCGCCAUUAGAGGAUUCACCAGAAUUUGAAGAUGUCCAAGAAAUUACUCCUAGAGGUAGGGGGUUAGGUAGGGGAAAUAGAAGUAGUCCUAGUAAUUUUCCACGAAGAUCCAAUCUUGGCAAGAGAAAGGUUGGUCACAUUGGUAAUUACUUCGCUCCUAGGACAACACUGGGAGCUCAACCUUCUAUUAAAAGUGUGCUUGCUGGCAAAGAAAAGAAGCGGAGGGUUGAUAUGGUUGUAGCUAGAUGGAUGUAUGAUGCUUGCAUUCCAAUUAAUGCUGUGAAUUCUAGUUAUUAUCAACCUAUGCUCAAUGUUGUAGCUUCUUAUGGUCCUGGAUAUAGAGGCCUAAAUUAUCAUACCCUUCGAGUGCCUUUGUUGAGAGAAGCAAAAAGAGAAGUUCAAUUGAUUGUUGAUUCUCAUCGUUCAUAUUGGGCUAAUACUGGUUGUACAAUAAUGGCUGAUGGGUGGACUAAUACUAGGCAUAGAACAUUGAUUAAUUUUCUUGUCUAUUGUCCUAAAGGUAUUAUUUUUAUACAUUCUAUUGAUGCUUCUGACUUGGUUAAGGAUGCUAUUAAUUUAAGUAACUUGUUUGAUGAAAUUGUUAAUUGGGUUUGUCCUGCAAAUAUAGUACAUUUGGUCACUAACAAUGCUGCAAAUUAUGUAGCUGCUGGAAGAAUUUUAUGUGGAAAAUAUAAGAACAUUAGUUGGUCACCUUGUGCAGCACAUUGCCUAAACCUAAUUUUUAAAGAGAUUGGGAAGAUGGAUCAUGUAGCUAAACUUGCAAAGCGUGCAUCCAAGAUCACUGUGUUCAUCUAUAACCAUGUAGCUUUGCAAGCUUGGUUGAGGACUAGAAAAAAUUGGACGGAAAUUGUGCGUCCAGGGCCAACUAGGUUUGCUACUACUUUCAUUGCCUUAGGGAGUCUUAAGGAACAUAAGCAUGACUUACAAGCAUUGGUGACUAGCAAAUUUUAUGUUGAAUCAAAAUAUGCAAAAGAUAAGAAAGCAAAGGCAGUGGUGAAAAUCAUUCUUGAUAAUCAAUUUUGGAAUGAUUGUCAUGUAAUUGUGCAUAUUAUGUCACCAUUAAUUCGUUUAUUACGCAUUGUUGAUUCUGAUGAAAAAGCAGCUAUGGGUUAUGUAUAUGAUGGCAUGUAUAAAGUAAUUGAUGGAAUUAAAAAAAAUUUCAAGGACAAGAAGAGACUAUGGGAGCCUUAUGUUAAUAUUAUCAAGGAUCGUUGGGAUAAUCAAUUCUAUAGAGAUAUUCAUGCUGCUGCUUAUUGGUUGAAUCCUGAAUUCCAAUAUGACACAUCCACUCUUAAUAAGAGUUGGUCGGUUGAAGUUGGUGGAGGAAUUAAGGCUAUUUCGAGAGCGUGA